UUAAAUCACAUGGGCUCAAGAACAGUUUCAUAUACCGUGUCUAGGAAACAAGCCAACGGCAUCUCCUUAAAAUACAACAGCUACUGAGGAGAAGCAACAUUGCAGGAAAGCAACUGGUUCUAACUAAAAAGAUAAAAACUUUAUUUGCCAACAAAGAUGUCAGACAGAAGUCCCUUUGAAACGGAUAUGUUAACCCUUACCCGAUACGUUAUGGAAAAGGGGCGACGUAUUAAAGGUGCUACAGGGGAGCUGACCCAGCUGCUCAACUCAAUGCUGACUGCCGUGAAGGCCAUCUCCUCUGCAGUCAGAAAGGCAGGCCUCGCCCACAUGUAUGGAAUAGCAGGAACUGUGAACGUGACUGGUGAUGAAGUGAAGAAGCUGGAUGUGCUAUCCAAUUCUCUGGUUAUUAACAUGCUACAGUCCUCCUAUGGCACCUGUGUCCUAGUCUCAGAGGAGAAUAAAGAUGCCAUUAUCACGCCACAAGACAAGAGGGGUAAAUAUGUGGUGUGCUUUGAUCCACUAGAUGGUUCUUCCAAUAUAGAUUGCUUGGCAUCAAUAGGAACGAUAUUUGCUAUCUACAAGAAGACAACAGAAGAUGAGCCCUCUGAAAAGGAUGCCUUGCAGCCAGGACAAAAUAUCGUCGCAGCAGGCUAUGCUUUGUAUGGCAGUGCUACCCUGGUGGCUCUUUCUACCGGGCAAGGAGUGGACUGCUUCAUGCUAGAUCCGGCUCUUGGUGAAUUUGUUCUGGUGGAUAAAGAUGUGAAAAUCAAGAAGAAAGGGAAGAUCUACAGUAUCAAUGAGGGUUAUGCUAAGUACUUUGAUCCUGCGAUGACAGAGUAUUUACAAAGGAAGAAAUUCCCUGAGGAUGGCAGUGCACCCUAUGGCUCUAGAUAUGUGGGCUCGAUGGUGGCUGAUGUUCAUCGCACCCUGAUGUAUGGUGGGAUAUUCAUGUACCCAGCUAACCAGAAGAGUCCUAAGGGAAAGCUCCGGCUCCUUUAUGAGUGCAACCCCAUGGCUUUUAUCAUUGAGCAGGCUGGUGGGAUGGCUACCACAGGGACUGAGCCAGUGCUGGAUGUGAAGCCUGAGUCUAUUCACCAGAGAGUCCCAUUGAUUCUUGGUUCCCCAGAUGAUGUGCAGGAAUACCUCGCUUGUGUGCAGAAACACCAGAAAAGCAGCUAAUGGCAUUCACACACCAGAUGUUCCUCCCGCACCUGCUACAUUACUUUCCAGAAAGAGAAGCAAUCAGAAGACUUUGGUUUCUGGGAUAUUAGUUCCCCCUUUCACUGACAAAUAGAAAUAGUGAAGACUGUUCCUAAAGGUUUCAAUUCCCCUGGAAUACAAGUGCAAAAAUGUGUUAGUCUCAAUUUCUGUAGUACAAGAGUAAAAGCAAAGUCCUAAUUUUAAGACUAACAGUAGCUACUUGCUUAAUACUAACAAAGGAAGUGAAUUGUUUGGGUUACACUCUAUUUGAUCUGAAGCAAGGUGUCCGAUAAUGCAGUGGCUGGCAUUCUUUGAGACAAAGCAUUUUUAUGUCAACAGUCAAGAUUUCAUUUAGAGACGGUGUAUCUGUAUUUUCUGUUGGAGGUUUCGUUGCAGGCAAUUAUUAUUUUGUCAGUCCUCAUACUACCACUAGUCUUGUGAUCUGAGUGUGUUUAUGUUCCAAAUAAUAUUUGCCUUGGGUAAUUAUUAAAUAUUAAAAUUGAAUUACCUUUC